GCGAUCAAUCCACAAUCUUUGGAUUUGGUCAACAGGCGUUAAAAAUUUCCAGAAAAUCGAGCCUUCUCGGCGCCGCUUCUAGGUGUAUUAACAAGCGAAGAAGGAGAAUCGAGAAGCAGACGCAAAAAUGGCGACUCUUUCUUCUUCUUUUCUGUUAUCGUCUUCUCAUAUAUGCAAAUCCCGAUUCUCACCAACAACUCUCAUCUCGGGAAUUGAUUUCAUGUCUUUCUCGCCUCGAACAACUCUCUCUGUUGUCUCGCCGGCGAUUCUUUCUCUCUCCGUCAAGCAGCAGAAUCGCCAAAGAAACUCGCUCCAAGGUUCAGUGAAAUCAGUGGCUAGCCCAAUGGAGACGGCGUCAGAAUUCGAUGUUUUGUUGCUCGUAGGUGGCUUGUGUUCAAAAUGUGCUGGAUUCACUUGUUCCUGCGUUGCUGGCUAAUAAGAAUCGCAAGUUCAUUUAUGUGAACAGGCGUUUUUUCAGCGAUGGUGGAGAGAACAAAGUGAUGAAAUCAAGCUUAUUGUGAAGCAACUUAUAAGCUCAGGCCAACUAGAGCUCAUGUAUGGGGUUUGAUCAGUGUGCUCUGUCUAUAUCACACUGAAGAAAAAUUUGAUCAAAUAUUCGAAGAAAAAUUUGAUCAAAUAUAUGAGGAAUAUUAUGAUCAAGCUAUCGAUAAAUUAGCCGAAAAUCUCUUUGUUGAUCGUCAAAAG